GCCUCGCUGCCGCGCCAUUUUGCCGGGGUUUGAAUGUGAGGUGGAGCGGUGGCAGGAGUGGGUGGUGGCAGGUACAGUCCGCGGCUGAGAUUUUCUUCUCCAUUCGUGUAUUUCCACGAGGUUUUAUUGCAAUGGAGCUCAGCGAUGCAAAUUUGCAGACGCUAACAGAAUAUUUAAAGAAAACUCUUGAUCCUGACCCCGCCAUCAGACGUCCAGCUGAGAAGUUUCUUGAGUCUGUAGAAGCAAGUCAGAAUUACCCACUGUUGCUUUUAACACUGCUGGAGAAGUCCCAGGAUAACGUUAUCAAAGUGUGUGCCUCCGUAACAUUCAAGAACUACAUUAAAAGGAACUGGAGAGUUGUUGAAGAUGAACCAAACAAAAUUUGUGAAGCCGACCGAGUAGCCAUUAAAGCCAACAUAGUUCAUUUGAUGCUUAGCAGCCCAGAGCAAAUUCAGAAGCAGUUAAGUGAUGCCAUUAGCAUUAUUGGUAGAGAAGAUUUCCCUCAGAAAUGGCCUGACUUGUUGACAGAAAUGGUGAAUCGCUUUCAGAGUGGUGAUUUUCAUGUUAUUAAUGGAGUCCUUCGCACAGCACAUUCUCUUUUUAAAAGAUACCGCCAUGAAUUUAAAUCAAACGAAUUAUGGACUGAAAUUAAACUUGUCCUGGAUGCCUUUGCUUUGCCUUUGACUAAUCUCUUUAAGGCCACCAUUGAACUCUGUAAUACCCAUGCAAAUGAUGCCGCUGCCCUGAGGAUUCUUUUUUCUUCCUUGAUUCUGAUCUCAAAACUGUUCUACAGUUUAAACUUUCAGGAUCUCCCUGAAUUUUUUGAAGAUAAUAUGGAAACUUGGAUGAACAAUUUUCAUACCCUCUUGACAUUAGAUAAUAAGCUUCUACAAACUGAUGAUGAAGAGGAAGCAGGCUUAUUGGAGCUCUUAAAAUCCCAGAUUUGUGAUAAUGCUGCACUGUAUGCACAAAAGUAUGAUGAGGAGUUUCAACGGUACCUGCCUCGUUUCGUCACAGCCAUCUGGAAUUUACUAGUUACAACAGGUCAAGAAGUCAAAUAUGACUUGUUGGUAAGUAAUGCAAUUCAAUUUCUGGCUUCAGUUUGUGAGAGACCUCACUAUAAGAAUCUGUUUGAGGACCAGAACACACUGACAAGUAUCUGUGAAAAGGUUAUUGUGCCUAACAUGGAAUUUAGAGCUGCUGAUGAAGAAGCCUUUGAAGAUAAUUCUGAAGAGUACAUAAGAAGAGAUUUGGAAGGAUCUGAUAUUGAUACUAGACGCAGGGCUGCGUGUGAUCUGGUACGAGGAUUAUGCAAGUUUUUUGAGGGCCCCGUGACAGGAAUCUUCUCUGGUUAUGUAAAUUCCAUGCUGCAGGAAUAUGCAAAAAAUCCAUCUGUCAACUGGAAACAUAAGGAUGCUGCCAUUUACCUAGUGACGUCUCUGGCAUCAAAAGCCCAAACACAGAAGCAUGGAAUUACACAAGCAAAUGAACUUGUAAACCUGACUGAGUUCUUUGUGAAUCACAUUCUCCCUGAUUUAAAGUCAGCCAACGUGAAUGAGUUUCCUGUUCUUAAAGCUGAUGGUAUCAAAUACAUUAUGAUUUUUAGGAAUCAAGUACCAAAAGAGCAGCUUUUAGUCUCUGUUCCUCUCUUGAUAAAUCAUCUUCAAGCUGAAAGUAUCGUUGUUCAUACUUACGCAGCACAUGCUCUGGAGCGGCUGUUCACCAUGAGGGGGCCUAACCACGCCGCUCUCUUUACAGCUGCAGAAAUCGCACCGUUUGUUGAGAUUCUGCUAACAAACCUUUUCAAAGCUCUCACACUUCCUGGCUCUUCAGAAAAUGAAUAUAUUAUGAAAGCUAUCAUGAGAAGUUUUUCCCUCCUACAAGAAGCCAUAAUCCCUUACAUCCCUACUCUCAUCACUCAGCUUACACAGAAGCUGUUAGCUGUUAGUAAGAACCCAAGCAAACCCCACUUUAAUCACUACAUGUUUGAAGCUAUAUGUUUAUCCAUAAGAAUAACGUGCAAAGCCAACCCUGCUGCUGUUGUCAGUUUUGAAGAGGCGUUGUUUCUGGUGUUUACUGACAUUUUACAGAACGAUGUACAAGAGUUCAUUCCCUAUGUCUUUCAAGUGAUGUCUUUGCUUCUGGAAACACAUAAAAAUGACAUCCCGUCUUCCUACAUGGCCUUAUUUCCUCACCUCCUUCAGCCAGUGCUUUGGGAAAGAACAGGCAAUAUCCCUGCACUGGUGAGGCUGCUUCAGGCGUUCCUGGAACGUGGGUCCAGCACGAUAGCGAGCACUGCGGCCGACAAAAUCCCUGGGUUAUUAGGUGUUUUCCAGAAGCUCAUUGCAUCCAAAGCCAAUGACCACCAAGGUUUUUAUCUUCUAAACAGCAUAAUAGAGCACAUGCCUCCUGAAUCAGUUGACCAAUACAGGAAGCAAAUCUUCAUUCUACUAUUCCAAAGACUUCAGAAUUCCAAAACAACAAAGUUUAUAAAGAGUUUCUUAGUCUUUAUUAAUUUGUAUUGCAUAAAAUACGGGGCACUGGCACUACAAGAAAUAUUUGAUGGUAUACAACCAAAAAUGUUUGGAAUGGUUUUGGAAAAAAUCAUUAUUCCUGAAAUUCAAAAAGUGUCUGGAAACGUAGAGAAAAAGAUUUGUGCAGUUGGCAUAACCAAAUUACUAACAGAAUGUCCCCCGAUGAUGGACACUGAGUAUACCAAACUAUGGACUCCUUUACUGCAGUCUCUGAUUGGCCUUUUUGAGUUACCUGAAGAUGAUUCCAUUCCUGAUGAAGAACAUUUUAUUGACAUAGAAGAUACACCAGGAUACCAGACUGCCUUCUCACAGUUGGCAUUUGCUGGGAAAAAAGAGCAUGAUCCUGUAGGUCCAAUGGUGUCCAACCCCAAGAUUCACUUGGCACAGUCACUUCACAAACUGUCUACUGCGUGUCCAGGAAGGGUUCCGUCAAUGGUGAGCACCAGCCUCAAUGCAGAAGCGCUCCAGUACCUCCAAGGGUACCUUCAGGCGGCCAGUGUGACACUGCUUUGAUCUGCAGUUUGACUAAUAAUAAAGCCCAGGACGUUUCUGAGGAAAGUUGGUAGGCUUCUGAACACAGCUGCUUAAAAACAAAGCAACUUUUCUUUUUGAAUGUGUCACUAGUUCCAUCUUUUAAAAAAUAUUAAAUGUUGCUUUAUUCUAAACCUUGAGCAAUUUAGGUGGUUUGUGUGAUCAUAAAAAGUGGUUAACUUUUUCAAUUUGCUGCUUCAAGGAACAAGUACUAAUAAUUCAGUAUAUGACACUGAGUUGAGCAUUUGCACUGUUCAGGUAAUUUAAAAUUUUUGACAAGACACUUAACUGUGGAGACAUUUUUUUUUCCUGUUACUAAAUCCUUUUGUUUUGAGGCUGAUGCCAAUUUGUGGUUUUCUUGUCCUUUGUAUUUUCGUGUUUCCGUAAGUAUUUGUAAUGUAAAUCACUUGUAUUACUUGCCAAGAAGUGCACAUUACAUAGUUUUAAAUCUGUAAUCAGCAAUAAAAAGAGCCCUAAACUUUAUGUAUCUAAGAACCGCUCAAGAACAGGUUUUUGGUGCUCCCUGAUACAAGGGAACAUUAACAACCCAAACUUUAUGUAUCUAAGAACCGCUCAAGAACAGGUUUUUGGUGCUCCCUGAUACAAGGGAACAUUAACAACCCUUCUUUGGGGUUGCUGCACGCCAGGUGGUAAAGCUAGUGCUGGGAGAAAGCAGCCCUGAACUCACUGACCUAUUCCUGGCUUUCCUCCUUGUAAAGUUAAUUGGAUGAUGGGAGAGAAAAACUUGAUAAAGUCUGUGGAAAGGUUUCCCAGAUCUGAUGGAGGUUUGUAUUUACCUUGGACCAGGAAAAUGUCCACCUUGCAGUCUGAGUCAACCCUUCUGCGUCUUGAGGGGAAAAUGAUUACUGCUUCUGGGUUUCUGCAGCAAAUGUCAGCCAAGAAGACAUCCAGGCCUGCCACUCCCAGACAUAGCUGGCAAGGACUUGUGACACAGUGAAGUAGGUAAACCUGCUCACCUCCUCCCAUGACCACAUCCAAGUUACAGCUGAAUUACAGAACCACCACCAGAAACCUGGAAACUAACUGAACGAAAUUCCUCUUACUUAAGGGUAUAAAGAACCAGGGUGAGAGUGGUAGGAGGCACAUCCACGUGAGCAGUAUUGGUUGUGGAAGGGUCCCCCCCAGAGGGGUGAGGGAUACCAGCCCCCCACUGGAUGCCCCAGCCCAGGGUAUCAGCUCAAAAUGUCCCAGGGUCCUACGGGGAGGGACUGAACUGACUAGCUUUGGGGUGAGGGUUGGAGGGGCCGAACAGCACCACUGCUUCCUCCAUGGCAACUUGAGCUAGCGCCCCUCUAAUCUCUCCACUGACCUUUCACUGAUCUCCACUCUGCCCCUGGGCCUCUGUUUCAGAGACACCCCUCCCCCCCAAACUGGUGCAACCAAGCAGCUUUUCCACAUAAGCAACCUCCUCCAUGGGUGCUGAGGCCUUUAUCCACAGAUUCCCAACAAGGAGUUAGUUGUCUGUCCUCACUUGUACCCUGGACCCCAAGCCUGGCACAAACAGCGAUCCCUCCCAAAGGGUGUGGUAACUCCCAUCAGGAGGCCCCAAGUCCAGCACUAGUAACAGCUGACCUCGGUUUGCAGCAGAGCCUCUCCCAGGAGCCUCCAAACCCAGCACAACCAACUGCAGGUCCCUUAUGUGCCCUAUGAACAACAGCUGACCUUGGCCUGCACUGGAGCCCCUCCUGAGACACUUCAGACCACAUCUGAACAGCUGCACAAACGACACACCUGGACUUGGCUAGAACCAGAACCCCGCUAAAGCAACUUCUGCUUCAUGGGAUCGACUCCCACAUAACAACUGGGAGUCUCACAACUCAUCAGCUGGAGGGUCAGUCCCACCCACCAACACGCGAACAGCAGUCAAGGCUCGGCGGCAACAGGAGGGCGCACAGCCUGCACAAGGGGUGGGGUGCUUCCGGAGCACCAGGCUCCCCCAACCAGAGAGACUAACCCACUAGGCGUCACAGACACAUACUAACAUAAGGCUACUCUGUCGAGACUGGCAGAUGUAGCAGAUCGACCUGACACAGAAACGAGCAUGGUAGUCAGCCACAAUAAGACAGUCUGGUCCCAAAGGACAGAACAAUAAAAAGUCGAAACAUGGCUAUAAGAGUUCUCAAUGAGCUUAGGGGGGAAAUAGGUGAACCAAAUGAAAACAACAAAAAACCUAGUCAGAAAUGAAUACGUUAGAGGGAAUCAACCACAGAUUAGGUGAAGCAGAGGGUCAAGUCAGCAAUGUGGAAGGCAAGGUAGCAGAAAAUCCAAAACAGAAAAAAGUGUCAGUGACCUGGGACAAGACCAAGAAUAAAUACACAACAAAACAAAAAGGUACUUGACAAAUCUGAAGAAGUUACUCGGGAUUCUGACAAAGCCUUACUCUACAACAGAAGGAACUGUCCCCUGAUCCCUCAGCAAGGUCCAAGGUCAGAGACUCCCACUGCUGCUGCACCUGUGGCAAGGCAGGGCGGGGCCAGCACUCCCAACCUUUAGAAUGGACACUCCAAGUGUGUGCUGCACAAUUCCAAACUCUUUGCAACUUACUCUGAAAUGUAAGUCAUUUAAAAAACUGCCUCUGCACAAAGACUACUAUUUCCUAUUGUCCUUGCAAGACUAGUGGGUAUUUCCAUCAAAGAUUUUGCUGAAUAUUUGUAGAAGAAUGUACAAAGGAAGUAUUUUUAGAAUAUUAAAUUUGGAUUAAGCAAGUAUUAAGCAAAGCAGUAUAAAUUUCCUAAAUUACAUACAAUUUUUGCUAAUAAAACUGGGAAUGCUGUUCAAAGUACAAAGCAGAAUAUGAAUUAGCUUCACAUGUAUAUUCUAUACACAAAAUGACACAUUGUAAGAAAAUAACUGCUGAUUUCAGGAAUGGAAACUCCACCACCUCCCAUCUUUGAGUUAGCCACUGGUUCUCAGAAACACAUUUCUUUAAAAGCCUAUUAGCUAACUUCUCCCUGCCAAUCCAGAAAUUUCAAGCAACGUGUGUUCUUUUGUGUUUUGUCUUAAGGGCACACAGGCUUUUAGGCACUAAAACCCAAGAUGAUGGCUAUGGAAAUUUCUAAAGGUGCAUGCAAACAAAAUGCUGCACACCUCUGUCCUUGGGUUUCUCCCCUGGAAGUCACCUUCUCCUGAGCUCACGUUAGUGCCUGCACAGCUGCAGCUGCAUAGUGCUCGGGAACAGCUGGUUUCCUUUCCCGUUGGUCACCAUUCCAGACUCCUUCCUACCCCAUGAGACCUUGGAAUCCAGACCAAAAUGUCUGUCACUGGGCAUUUGCCCUGCAAAAACCACGCACAUUAGCUCAGCGCACUGUAGCAAGAAACUGAGAUUCAGAAGCGACAAUUUGCAAGACUUUAAAAAACAACAAACCCAGCUAUAGGGAAAUCAUCUUCACUCGUCAACAUCUUGUGACUAAGAGGAACUUGACAGUGUCAGCACACCACCAUGGGGUGAGAGACUCCCAAGCCCGUCAGUCAUUCGGAUGACAAGGAGCCUCUGCCAGGGAGACCAGUGCUCUACAAACAUAAAGACUGCAUCUGCUCUCCCAAGGGCAGGAGUAUCGUUUGGGCUCAAAGGAUUCUCCCCGCACCUGAGAGAGAUCAUGUUGGGAUAAGACACAGUGCAGACUGCAUUCCCAUGCAACACUCUCAAAGCCUGUGGAGACAAAAGGUACCGCAGACUGAGUGAGCCCUCCACAGACGGCAGCUGUGGGGCCUGAGCAGAGGCAAGUUUGAGUUUACAGUCAGAACACUGAAGGACGUUCCAUCUGGACCUCUCCCCAAAGCAGCCAAAGAUGUAUCACCUUCAGAAAACCUCUUAUCGAAGGAACCCAGAAAUCCUUCCCAGCAUCCUCAUGUUAAGUGCAAAUUGUCACUUCUGUACUGCAGUCAAUGAGGGCCAAGUGAAAACAGCCAUAGGAAGCUCUCACAAAUACUUCUAAACUUGUCGCCGGUGUGCACACAGGGGCAGGGGCAGUGUGCCCUCAACAGAUCGCAAGACCACAAGGACGGGCACAGUAGGCGGCAAAAGGAGAACAUGGUUGGCAGUGCUGGGAGAUUGGCUACAACCUCCGUGUUGCAGAAAGUACCGAAAACAGAAAAGUAGUGAAGAACUCAUGGUUGCUGGAGGUAGCAGUAUGAAUACAUGGCUUUUAAAUAUAUGUACAAAUAAAUAAACGUGUACACGUAUGUACUGGGGUGGACAAAAGUAGGUUGACACUUGUGAGUAUGCAAAAGCUUAUUCUUGUAUUAAUACUGUUAUUUCCCAUAUGAACUGUAAACCUGUCUCUGCCAACUCCUGCAUAUACACAUAUAUGUACAUAAUUCCUAUGUCCAAGCUCAGAGGGCCUGGAAACAACAGCCCAGUAGCAGUGAGUGCUCCCAGCACCCAGAUCUUGCUUUUUAAAUGCCAUCCGUCACUAAAGGGACCAGGGCUCCUUGGAGAAAUGACUAAAUCUAGGAUUGGCAAAGGAAAAUGUCCUCUUUUCACUGCUUUUAUGCCUGUAGCGUUGAAUCCCCCCUACUCCUCAGCAUUUUUCCCUAACUUUCCGAUCCCUUCUGUUACUCCACCAGUCCAAUCCACAGGCUGGUCUUAUCAUCCUCUAAAAUCAAGAGACAGUCACUAGCCCUUCCUCAGCCAGGCUAGAAAGCAAUGCCUCACCUUUACUCCUGAGAGCACCAGAGGACGGGAAGGGACUCGAGGUGUCGGGAAGUCUCCUCCAGGUCAUUCUUUGGGUGUCAGGUUCAGAUGACAGGCAUGUCCCUUCACCCGGUGGCCACGUGCCAUGGCAGUGAUGCCCCCCACCACAUCGUGCUUCUGUGCCCUUACAUCGUCCCUUCAGUUACUGCUCGACAGGACCAAAAAAUGCAUUAGAUGUUUAUUGAUCAACAGAUACAAAUUUCAGGUCUUCAGAAUUUUGCCCAAAUGGAAUCACAAGCAUUACAAAUUUUCUUUUCUUAAAAAAAGGACGGGGCAGGUUGGGAGGGGACCCAACCUAGCAGUAGUGGCAUCUGAGAAUAAAUUAACAAAAAAAUUUAGUAUUACCAUUUAUUGGUGACAAACACUACGUUUUACUUACAUUCCAUGGGGACAAAAAAUUCCGGCGUAAACAAUGAAUCGAAGCAGUACUUAACUCGCAAGGCUACCGGUGCUUUCCAGCUGGACUGUGGGCAGGACCUUACCGCACACACUUCCAUGCGCAGUAACACAACACCAAAAGCAACAGUUUCAGAGAUAUGCACGGGUCGUUCUUUUCAGCCCUACAUGGAGAUGCAAUCAACAGUAUGAAGCACUCGGGAACACCAGCCUGCAGUUCCGUAUGGACCACAUGGAGACCACACCCUGUAGUGUAGCGAAAGCUGUGUUCUCAAGAGCCAUAUGUAUGUACACACGAUUUCAAUAAUCUUUAAAACAGAGAGCAAAGUUCAUUUAAGUUGUGCUGCAUUAACAAAAAUGAAAUAGAAAAGGAGCCAAAUGAUCAUUUAAAGUUUAAAAUUCCUAAAUUGUCCAAUUUGUACACCUGUGGGACGCUUCACCAAGGGCUCUGUGAAGUCCAGGACUGUUCCAGCCAAACCAAGGGCACAGUCUCCAUCACUGAAAUGGUCCUGGGUUAGUCCAAUGGAAUAAAAGGGGGUUUAAUCUCUGCCGGUUAAGUUACUGAUAAAGUCUCAUAAGUUUCUAAACUGUGCUAUGUAACUAGAUACAAUUGAGAAACUCAAAUGAAAAUUUAUAGUGUCAUUUCAAUCCAAAGAAAAUAAUACAACUAAGAAUAUGUAUCUCUUUUGGAAGAGAAAGCAGUGGUGACAGGUGAGUACCACGGGAGGUGGGGAGCUGUGGCAAGCGAGGGAGGUUAGCUCGUGCCGAGCGGGAAGCAUCUGAUUUUCCUCUGGUGCUCGCAGCUCUGGGCCGGCCGGUCUAAGGCCUCUCUCGGCGUGGGUGUCCAGGGUUUGUCCCGAAGUGUGUUAGCCGGUCUGAGAAGGGGUCCUGCUUUCUGCUUCCUUCUUUCACACAGGAAAAAAAAAAAAAAAAAAAAAAAAACCCAA